AUGGCUCAGAGAGGAAAUCAGCUGAAUUCAGAGAAAUUUUCUUGUUCCAUCUGUUUGGAUCUACUGAAGGAUCCUGUGACUACAAACUGUGGACACAGCUACUGCAUGAACUGUAUUAAAUGUUUCUGGGAUGAAGAGGACAGCAAGGGAAUCCACAGCUGCCCUCAGUGCAGGAAGACUUUCAUAUCGCGGCCUGUCCUGGAGAAAAACAUCAUGUUAGUAGAGUUGGUGGAGGAUCUGAAGAAGACUGAACUCCAAGCUGCUCCAGCUGAUCACUGCUAUGCUGGACCUGAAGAUGUGGCCUGUGAUGUCUGCACUGGGAGGAAGCUGAAAGCCACCAAGUCCUGUCUGGUCUGCCUGGCCUCUUACUGUGAGAAACACCUCCAACCUCACUAUGAUGCAGCUCCAUUGAAGAAACACAAGCUGGUGGCCCCCUCCAAGAAGCUCCAGGAGAACAUCUGCUCUCGUCAUAAUGAGGUGAUGAAGAUUUUCUGUCGUACUGAUCAGCAGAGAAUCUGUUAUCUCUGCACAAUGGAUGAACAUAAAGGCCAUGAAACAGUCCCAGCUGCAGCAGAAAGGACUGAGAAGCAGAAGGAGCUCGAGGUGAGACGACUAAACAUCCAGCAGAGAAUCCAGGACCGAGAGAAAGAUGUGAAGCUGCUUCAACAGGAGGUGGAGGCCAUCAAUGGCUCUGCUGAUAAAGCAGUGGAGGACAGUGAGAAGAUGUUGACUGAGCUGAUCCGUCUGAUCCAGAAAAGAAGCUCUGAUGUGAAGCAGCAGGUCAGAUCCCAGCAGGAAACUGAAGUGAGUCGAGUCAAAGAGCUUCAGGAGAAGCUGGAGCAGGAGAUCGCUGAGCUGAAGAGGAAAGACGCCGAGCUGGAGCAGCUCUCACACACAGAGGAUCACAACCAGUUUCUACACAACUACCCCUCACUGUCAGCACUCAGUGAGUCUACACACUCAUCCAGCAUCAAUAUUGGUCCUCUGAGGUACUUUGAGGAUGUGACAGCAGCUGUGUCAGAGACCAGAGAUAAACUACAGGACAUCCUGAGAGAGGAAUGGACAAACAUCUCUUUAAGAGUCACUGAAGUGGAUGUUUUACUGUCACCAUCAGAGCCAAAGACCAGAGCUGAAUUCUUAAAAUAUUCACAUAAAAUCUCACUGGAUCCAAACACAGCCAACAAAUAUCUGUUAUUAUCUGAGGGGAACAGAAAAGUAACAAAAAUGAAACAACAACAGUUUUAUUCUGCUCAUCCAGACAGAUUCACUGAUUAUUGUCAGGUCCUGAGUAGAGAGAGUCUGACUGGAUGUUGUUACUGGGAGGUGGAGUGGAGAGGGGGAAUAGUUUUAGUAGCAGUCGCAUACAAGAAUAUCAGCAGAAGAGGGAACUCAAGUGAAUGUGGACUUGGAUGGAAUGAUAAAUCUUGGACAUUAUAUUGUAAAAGAAAUGGUUUUCAAUUUUGGAACAACAAAGUCCACACUGUCCUCUCAGGUCCUCGGUCCUCCAGAGUAGGAGUGUACCUGGAUCACAGAGCAGGUAUUCUGUCUUUCUACAGCGUCUCUGAAACCAUGACUCUCCUCCACAGAGUCCAGACCACAUUCACUCAGCCGCUCUAUGCUGGACUUUAUCUUUGGGGAGAUGGAGACACUGCAGAGUUGAUUAAAGUCAGAUAGACAGAGAAGAUAGGUUCAUGUUGAUCCUGACCAUUAUAUGUACUUGUGUAGUUUUCUAAAUGAGGCUUUA